AGUCGGUUUCGUCUGUGUAUCAUCUGGAAGUGUAGCGGUGAAAUAAAUGCGUUACUUAUUUUGUGGCUAAAAGCGCUUUAUCAUCUUUAAAUUCUGAAAAUGUUUCUUGCUCUUAAGAAAUGACAUAGAUAUUAUAUUAAUAUUAUAUAGCUGUUGAAAUUCAUUAGGAUCAAUUAUGAUGCCUAAUUCUGGAGAAGAUAGUUUGAAGACUACAGGUGGUCAAAUAGAUAAUAUAGUUUUUGCACUUAUUGAUGCCACCCUUGAUAGAAAUGAUAAUGUAACUCAAGCUGUUCAAACAUCUCUUUUUAAUAUUGGCAAGCAUCAGCCAAAUUUAGUUCUGAGUAGCUGCCAUUCUUAUUUAAGCAGACAUCCAAAACUAGCUCUGGUGCACAAGUUAAUUAUUUUAAGUGUUAUUGAAAAAAUCUGCAAUGAAACUUUAAAUUCUCUUCAGAAAAAUGUAGCUGAAGAUCUUAUCAAACUUGCAUUUGAGGAAAUGGUUAAUACUAAAGAGAUUGUUCCAGAAUGGCAAAACUUAGCCAGUGGAAUUUUAGUGUCCUUAGGAAGGAAGUAUCAAAAUGAAGUUAUGGAGCAACUUUUAUCUAACUUUCAGCCUGGAAUUUUGCCCCAUUUUUUUGUUGUGCAAACAAUGGCCAAUCUUGCAUCCGCUAAUGUGUUUGGGAUUGUUCCAUUCUUGAAACCUAUAAUUGGAACUAUGUUGCCAUUAUUGGGUAUCGUUAAGCAGGAAAAUAUGAAAUGGAUAUUUGCUCAUGCAUUGUCGAAAUUUUGUGAAGCAAUAUUGGAGUGCAUAUCAAACGCUGAAAAAUCUCCUGAUCCUUAUGUGACUAAAGACACUUUCAGCACUGAAAUUAGUAGUGCUUAUGAUAUCCUUUUCAAUAAUUGGUUGCCUUCUCGUGAAGCUAAGGUGAGAUCUGAAGUUGUUGUUGCACUUGGAUAUAUGACUCAUCUUCUGAGCUCUGAAAAGUUAGAAGAAUUGCUGCCUAAAUUUUUUCCAGCUGUUCUUGGAAUUUAUAAAAGACAUCAAGAAUUCCAACAUACAACUCAAGGAUUAUGUAUGGUGUUAGAUGCUGCAGUAUCCAAUCAUAGUGUUGUACUCGAAUCACAUCUGGAUUCAAUUUUAGCUGCUCUUUUCCCUCAAGUUUGUACUUUGCCCGAUUAUUCACAGCCUUCAGGAGUUAGAAACCACAAUGAAGUUUUAAGAUGUUUUGCUGUGUUAACUUCUGUGUAUUCCAACCGACUUUUAUCUUUCCUGUUACAACGAUUGGAUAGCAAUAAUGAAUCAUAUAAGAUUGGAUCUCUAACUGUAAUAAAGCAUUUAAUAAACUCUUGUGAUGAACAUAUUUCUAGCAAAAUCCCACUUAUUAUAUCAGGGAUAAAGCCUGUUUUAGAAUCGGGAAACAAAGUGAAAAAAGUUAUUGCACAAGUAAUAGUCACUCUUGCUCAUCAUGAUCAUUUGAAAUCAAAUGAUGGUUUGGAUUUAGUAUGCUUUGUUAUUCAACAAUGUGCUUUGCCUGAUGAUCCAACAGCAAAGCGACCUGGUGACCCAAAUUAUGUUAGUAAUGAAGCUUUAAGAAACAUGUGUGAAAAUGUUAUGCAUCUUUUGACUACGACUGUUGAAACAAUGGAAGAAAUUCUUUGGCCAAAUAUUAUGGAUUGCUUGAUGAGUGAGGAACUCACUGCUGCUGUAACCCCAGUUUGUAAAAGUUUAACUGGUCUUGCAAGCAAAAAGAGAGAGGAGUUAACCACUGACUUUGCAAUUGAUUAUGGGUGUUUGUCUAAAGUGCCUACAUGCCAAGCUCUUCUUGGAAGAUUAUUGGUAUUAAUUGGCCAUCCUCAUGAAAAUAAAGGUAGAGGAAUUCAUGUGUUAAAGCUUUUGAAAGUUCUUGCUCCUGCCAUAAAUAAGAAUUUCACCCUUCUAGCAGAUUCGAAGAUUCCUCAUUUGUUACAGUUUCUCGAAGGUACGGAUUCCAUAGAUUGGAACCAAACUGUAUGGGAAGAACAUGUUACUGAAUUCGUUGUGCAAACUCUUUCUGAAAUUGAUAGAGAAGAAUGGGCUUUGAAAUUUGGAAAAGCACUGCAAUCACAAUUUCAUCUUUAUGUAAAUUCUCCGGAUGAUAAGUAUUUUUUGCUAAAAAUUCUUGGAUUGGUCAUGAAAAAAGUGGGCAACAAGAAUUUUAUCAAUGAAGCUCUCGACAUUAUUUUCAAGAAUGUGAAUCAUUCAAAUGACAUUGAACGAUUAGGUUGUGCAAUUGCAGUGGGAUACUGUGGCUCUACACAUUUAGAUACAGUCUUAGUUAAGUUAGAAAAAGUUGCAAAGGAUGACAAGAAAAAUGCUGGCUUAUUUGGCUUUAUAAAGGAAUUUACAGGAGAUGCUGAACAUGAAAAACUGAAGGCUACAAUAAUUUCAUGUUAUGGCCAUGUGACUCUGCGUGGGCCUGUUCCUAUAUUAUCAACUAGAAUAGAAACACCUAUACUAAGGAGUGUCGCUAAUUUUUAUCAAUCAUCAAAAGAUAUAAUUGUUAAGCAAAGCAUGUUGGAGACUGUGAAGUUGAUUGCCGAUGCUGUUCAUCCAGAUCAUCUUAAUGAGACAUUUGAAUUUCGCUCCAGAAAUGAACUUCUAAAUUUGAUGAAAAAUAUUUUGAAAUCAGAGAUGUCUAACCCAUUAAUAAGUAAUGUCAGGUCGUUGGCUUUGAAGGCUUCAGCUAGUCUUGUAGCAUUAGAUCCAGCUUUAAAAGAUGAUGAAAAAAGAAGUAUUAUUCAGGUUGCUGUUGGCUCUGUGUAUUCAUUGCCAAGAGAUUAUUUGUUAGAGAAACCCAAAGAAGAAGGCAUUGAUCUAACUUUAGAUUUUGACCAACUGCUUAUAUCUACUGUUGAUUCCUUGAAUUAUUUUCUACAAAAACUUUUGACAAAGGAAAAAACUUUUUCAAAUUUAGAAACUAUUAUUCAGAUUUUAAGCACCUGGAUGACAUCUAUAAAUGCUGUAGAGCGAGAAAGGUGCUUACAUUCAACAUUGCACUUACUUCGUGCUUUUGCUGAAGCUUCUGAGAGCGAUGCCUAUUCACCUUUUCAUACUCUUGGAUUCAUUCUUGGUGUUCUUGUUCCACGAUGCACAGACCCACAAAUCACAGUUCGACAUUUAGCAUUUGAUUCCAUUGAUGUUGCUGUUGCAAUCGCCAUGAAAGUUCAAGUUUCUGCUGUUACUUUCAAUGAACAACCAGGAAUUUCACUAAGUUAUUUGAAGCAACAAAUUAUUAGUGAUGAGCCCUCGUCAUUAUUUUCUGUAACAAAAAGUUUAGGAAAGUUUGUAUCUGAUAAACUGCCUUUAGAGCAACUCUAUCCUUUUUUGAGAUCUCUUAUUGAUGGCUUUUGUGAUCCACAUCCACAAAGUUCUACUGGUGCUUCCGUUGUCUUGAACACUAUUAUCAAGUGCCGUGGUCGUGAAAUUCGACAAGAGGUGCCUAAUAUAUUGGAUGCUGUCAGGGAUAAAUUGAACUACAUUCAGUGUCCUCAAACUAGAAAAGGAGCUUUACUUACUUUUAAGAAUUUAGCAGACCAUCAUUUAUCUGCUGUUCUUGUGACACUGCUUAACUCUCCUGUUCCUUUGGACAUGCAAACUGUUGAUAUUUGGAAGACACUAGCCUUAGAGAAAACAAUAGUCAAUCUUAUCAUUGAAAACUUUUUAGAAAUGUUUUCUGAUAACGUUUUGUCAUCUCCUCCUGACCCACAUGGUCGAAGUACAGCUUUUAUUGCAGCUCAUAAGCCUUUAUCUGCAAUCUGUGCCUUACGUGAAAUGUUCAAAGUACCUGAAAUGGCAAGUAGUUGCAAAGACCACUUUGAUAGAAUAUUCUCAUCUAUAUUAGUUGUCAUUGCUGCCUACGUUGGAGCUGUUUUACCUAUAUAUUGCACAGACAGUACUAAAUCUACCUUGUCUGGACUGUCCAGAAAGAGUGACAAGUCUUCCAGUUCAUCACCUGUGAGGUUUGCAAUUGAAGCGAUGAAAAAUCUUUUGAUGUGUGUUAACCAAGAAGUCAUAGUCACUUCCAUGACUGAAGGUGGUUAUUGGGUAAUGAUGGAAGAGACAGACAAAUAUCCUGAAGCAGUUGCUGCUCUAGGAAGGUCUGUUUGUGCUUGCUGCCCAGAACAAGUUCCAAAAAUUAUUGCAUUUCUGAAUCCUUUGCUAAACAGCUCAGUGGAUGUGCAGCGUAUCAUAUCUGUUUCUCUUUUUGUCGAGUUUUUGUCACAAACUUAUACAGGUAGAAAAGCUUUGACUGAACCCCUAAUGAACAAUUUGUUAGGUCGACUUGUAGAUUCCUCUCCAAUUGUUCGUCGCCUUUGCAUUUCUGGCCUUGGAAGUGUUGCAGAUACAGAGCAGGUGGAAAGGUAUUCUACUACCAUUUUAUCUGCUAUGAUGACUGGUAUGGAUGACAGGGAAGAUUCCAAUUGCAACAUAACUUUAGAGGCUAUGAGUGGAUUAUCUGCAGUAUUGUCUCAAGUAGCUGAAGAAGACGUUAGAAAUAUUCUUAUUACUAUUGCGCUUCGAAUAAAGCCCAUGUUUGAAAAGGAUAAAGCACCAGUUCGAGCUGCAGCUUUCAAGCUAUUUGGAAAUCUUUCAAGGUUUGGAAAUGGUCCUUCUAAAGAACAAUUUAUUGAACAAGUGCACGGAAAUCUUGUUGCAAUACUGUUGCAUUUGAAUGAUGAAGACAAGCAUGUUAUUAGAGCUUGCAAGUACAGUUUGAGGCUCCUUGGGCCAUUACUGCAAUCGCAAGAAAUGAAUUCAAUGUUUCAGAAACAUUUGUUGGAGGAUGCACAUCUACACUAUGGAGAAUUUAUUAAUGAUCUGACAAAAACAAUGAUUGCAGAUUUUCCAGAAAAGAUAAGUUUUUAUGUCACAACAUCAAUGUCAUACUUGAAAAGCCAGUUUCCAAUAAUACAAUGCAAUGCAAUAGCAUUUCUUGGUUAUUUGCUAGGAAAUCUUCCAGUGGAAAAACAGAAUUUAAUACCAAAGGAAAGAGUUUGUUCAGCCAUGCUUGUGCUGCUAAAGGACCAGUCUUCAGAGGUUAGAAUAAGAACUGCAGAAGCACUGAGCUUGCUGCAUGAGUUUUAACUACUUCCAAAUAGGUUGAAAUUAAUUUUUCCAUUUAUAAAAAAAUUAAAAAAAAGUUCUCAGAACAAAUCAGUGAGAGCAUGUACUAGAUUACAGUAUUGAGUUUUAUUUUGAUCAAUUUUCUAAAUGCAAUAACCUUAUAUUUUUAGAUUUAAAUGACCACAACAGCAAGUUUUCCCAAUGUUUGUUUUACAUAUAUAUGAACUAUAUUCAUGGGAAUAAUUAAUGAGUAUAUUGCUAAUUUUAUAGAAGUAUACAUAAAUUGGUCCAAAUUCCCUGGCAAUAAAAUAUUUUCACGUUAUGUAUAGUUUUCUAAAAAGACACUCAAGCAGGCUAGUUUUAUUGAUUAUUUAAAUAUCCAUAUGAAAUGCAAUUAGUUUUACUUCUAACAGUAAGCUUUUUAGUGUAAAUCAGUUAAAAUCAUGUUUAAUUAGUUCUAAGUUCAGUCUUGUUUUUUAAUGAGAAAGAUUCUGAAUGCUGUCAUCAGUUUUAAUAACUUACUCCAAUGCAUCAAAAAUCAUACGGAAUGAAAUAUUUUUUAGAUGAAAAGAAAUGAGGUGUAGAAAGUAUGUCAAUUACGUGGUACUAAAACUGAAGCAGUUUCAAAUUGUUGUUACAGUAGCAUUAGAAUUCAAAAUUGUUUUACAUUAUGAUUUGCUACACAUGUUUUAGAUUGAAAUUUUCCUUUGAGAACUUUAUGGAGAUUAUUCAUUCUGAAAUAAAAAUGUUAGUACAUAAUUUAAUAUAACCUUGUGGCUCUAAUUUCAAAACAUUUUAAUCACUAAUUAAAGGCAACUAAUUCUUGUGAUUAAUAUCUUUUCCUUUUUUAUAUUCUAGUCUGAUAUUUCAGCUUUGAAUAGUAAAAAAACAAAUGUAGUUUUAUCAUAUAAUUUUUUAGUAAUAUAUAUAUAACAUACUUUGAAAGUAUUGUAUUCUAAAAUAUUUAAUAAAAUUCUACUCUGAAAAUAAUAUUGCCAUCAUGCAAGUGUGCCAUUAUGCUUCUUAUAAAAACUGACCUGAUAGUGUUUGUUAAACACAAAAUGAAAAUCAAUAUUUUUAUAUGAAUUGUUAUUGCUUUUCUUUUUAAUGUUUAUGAAGUUAAUUUUAUGUUUGAUUUUGUAAAUAAGAAAAAGUUUUUAAAGAUUAAAUCUUACAGCAGGUCUGAUUUUCUCCUCUUUGUUUUAUCUGAAUGUAUAAAUAAUUUGUAAAUAUAUGGAAUAAAAAUAUGCUUAUGUUUCUUAA